UAACUAUUAUUGCAGGUUUUGUAAAAUGCACAAAAAACAGUGCCAAGUUGCGUGUAAAGAGGACCCGGCAUUAAUGCGAAAACCUGAGCAAUAUGACUUAAAUUUUAAAUCCUCUAUUGAAAACUUGGAAUACGGCGUACAACAAAAAUCUAUUUUCAAUAAUAUACCAUCCUUCCAUGUAACAACAAAUUUUGCUGUGGAUAUCAUGCACGAUUUGUUUGAAGGAAUUUGCCAUUACAAUCUUUGUCAUAUUAUUAAUUACUACAUAAAUAAACUCAAAAUUUUUAAUUUGGAGCAACUAAAUCAAAGAAAACAGCUUAUAAACUACGGUCGCUACGAUGUCGGUAAUAUUUCACAACCAAUUAAUGCUGUUCACUUACAAAACCAACGUCUUAAAAUGUCGGCUAGCGAAAUGAUGACCUUUUUGCAUUAUUUUACAUUUAUAAUCGGUGAAUUCGUACCUCAUCAAGACCCAGUUUGGGAUUUUCUAUUAGAUUUUUUACAGAUUGUUGACAUUUUGCUAGCCCACAGUAUUUCUGAUGAAAGAAUUGCCUUAUUGCGGGUUUUAAUUCAAAAGAACCUUUCUAGUUACGUGUCAUUGUUUAAGGACACUUUGAAACCAAAGCACCACUUUUUACUCCACUACCCUAUGAUUAUAAAAAAUUCUGGACCACCGAGACAAUAUUGGUGUUUCAGAUUUGAGUCAAAACAUCGCGAACUUAAAACAUAUGCUCACGUUAUAAAUUCAAGGGUUAACUUGCCAUUGUCAAUAGCAAAAAAAUAUGAAUUGAAAUUUGCGCAUCUUUUUUUACAUUCAUCAACCACAGAGCAAGUCUCCAUUAUAUUUGAUAAAUCUCCGAGCAAGUCAAAUUAUUUGGAUUUUAUUUAUCAAACCCUAGAUAAAGAUACCAUUCUAUGUUAUUCUGAAAUUUGUUACAAAGGUUUCGUUUACCGUACGGAUGAUUUUUUUUCCAGCUAUUGCGGCAAUGUAGUGUUGGAACAAAUAAAAGAAUUUGUGUCUGACACAAACACUAACAAAGUGUAUAUUAUUUGUAAGGAAUUAGAAGUGAACUACAAUGCUCAUUAUGAUGCUUAUAUGGUAAUGGGUGAGAAGGAUUUAAAAAUUAUGAAUAUCAACUCAUUAUCUGGACCACCUUUAACCUGUUGCCAGUUAGCCGAUGGCAAAAGCUAUGUUCGUCUUAAAGAAUAUUUUUCUUAAUCAAUUUUUUUGCUAAGGAUGUUAAAUAUUGAAGGACACACGGCCAAUACAUCACAAAUAGCGGACUUGGUUGAUUUUAUUACAAACCCCGGCUCCGUCUCAGUUUACAAAAUUCAACCGCGGCUGCUAUUUGCUAUGUAGCGGCUUUAUGACGUAGUACAAUAUAUUUGGUUUAUUGCAAAGUCCUUCUAGGUAAAGUGUAGUUUUUCUUUACAUUGUUAGUAGGUAUAUUGUUGUAUAGACGUAGGAGUAAAAUAAGACUUAGUGUAACGUGUGUAGUGUUUCAAAAGUAGUUUUUAACAAUGGAUUCAUCAGUCAGUGAAAUACUUAAUGACGAUGAACAAAGGUACCUUUAUAAUAAUCUAAUCGGCGGUGACACUCUUCUCAGCGAUUCCCUUUUGGAAAAUGUUCCACCAGCUUCUUGUAGUACGGAAUAUGGAUCAAACGAACCAAAUCAUAACAAGGUAAUUUUAAACCUUGAUGAAAUUCAAUCUUCUGACACUUUAGAUCCUGAGGUGGACGAUCUAUUAAGACAAUGGCAGCUGGAAAGUUUGCGACCUUGUUUUAUCGAAAACCAAAUAGAUUUGACUGCAUUAAAACACGCCCAGCCUCAUCACAUCAAUGAGUUAUUAAAUAGUGUUCCAUUGGGGCUAAGGAUUAAGUUAGAACAAAAUAUUUCAAAGUGGAAAGAAUCCCAUCAAAACACAGCUGGUGCUGCACAGAAAGUAAAUUUAGGCAUCCAAAGAGAAGACUAUGGUCAUAGUACCAAUGAAAAGGAACAUACGUUUGGUGGUCUUUUGGAUUCUGUUCCAGAAAUAAUUAACGUGGAAAAAAUUCUUCAAAACUACGCCGAGGGAAAAACCAUUUUAAAACUUAUAGAUGGAGGAGUAAGAGAAAUACCGAUGUCACAAAAACAAACAGUUGUGGACAAAAUCGUUGAUUAUUUUAUACAACAAAACCAAAAACUGAAUGUAUCUGCUGCUAAAACUAUUAGUAUCCAAAUAAAUAAAUUAUUUCCCGAAGAAACACCGGAAUAUUAUUUUGCUCCCCAAACAGGGAAAGCCCCGAAAGGAAAGUUACUUUCUAAAUAUUAUAAUCAAGUGAGAAGAUUGACGGAUAGUGGAUUGUUAGGGAAAAAAGUAAAACUACGUUCAAGUAUUAAACACCGGAAUAUUGAAGAGCUACCAGCGGCCGAGGAAAAUUGUGUAACCAUCAAAGAAAAAUUAAAGUACGUGCAGGAAGGAGAACGUUGGGAACAGCUGGUCGUCAUGUGGAAGUCUGUUCAAAAUUAUAGGAGAAAAAUGUUGUUAGAAAAUCAAGAAUCCAGUAUAGUAAGCUUCCUAAACGAGUGGCCGGCUUUUAAAAGACCCUUGGGAUAUACACUAGUUGAUCUGGAUUUCGAAUAUCUUUAUUCCAAUGCAGAAUCAUUAUUUACUAAAUGGGAAAUAUUCUCGCGCAAGAUUUUUGACUACCUAAUGCCCAUAGUAAAAGAUAAAAGAUGUAAAUGUAUUCUUCAAAAAUUUGUGUUGGAACAGCAUUCGGAUGACGAAAAGGCAAUUGUGAUACUAUUUUUGCUACAUGCAGCUUUGACACCAACCUCAAAGAAAGUUACGAAAACCGAAAAUAAAUCAACGGUACAAAAAUUUACCAUUGGUGAUUCGCAAGAUUCCUUUAUAGUUUUUGGAAAAAGUGUGUUGGAAAUUGAAUCAAAACUACUGAGCAAAAAAAGCAUGAACCAACCGGUACAACCAUUAAUAGCAGUACUACAUGAAAAUGAGUUUUAUCAGGCGAAACAAGUAAUUGUACUUUUUGAUAAUGUAAAGUAUUACUUUGUGAAUAUCGUGCCCGCUUUAGAUUGUUGCUUUAAGGUAUUUCAUGUUUUUGAUUUUAAAUAUCCUCAAGAAUCUCUAAUCGUGUGGCAAUUUAUUCAAAUAUAUUUUUAUAAUAUACAAACGGCCCAUGACGCCGUUAUACCAAAACUUACAAUGUUUCUCAAAGAACUUAACAAAGUUGUGAAUUAGUUUACACAACAAAUGCUUAGGAAAUAAGUUACAAUAACUUUGAGAAAUAUUACAAUUACAGUAGGCUGAAAAAUUUUAGUAUGAUGUUUUAGUAUUUUGAGAAUGACAUUUUUAUUUCCAACAGUUUUUUAUCAAAACGGCACAGCCUACUUCCAUUAUGAUUUUUCUUGAUGAUUAGUAUAAACAUUUUGUUUCGGAUCAGUCACCCCUUAAAGAUUAUGUUUUUUAACAUACAUGUGUUAUUUUUUAAGAAAAUAAAGCCGUAAAUUAGAAAUGCG